CUUUGGUUAACAACACAAGAACUUUUACAAAUACAGAAAAUAUUUGGUUUACACCCACAGACUGUGUAUUACUCGGUGUGUGUAGCUGAUUUCAAAAAAAUAGAUCAAAGGUCCUAUUUUUAUCACGUAACUGCAGCAUAAUAGUAUAGACGCAUUAUUCUUCUAGAAUAAACAUUACUAGUCACACAUAAAAGGCAAGCCAAGAUGUGAUGAUACAAUCCAUCCAAGAGCUGAAGAGGCAGGUGACUGAAGCAGGAGGUGGGGGGGGGGGGCAUUGCAGAUAUUGAAAAAAAGAACUUGUGUUAAAGGUUGUGAGUCCCAACAGUUUGAGUGAAUUAUUUAAUAAAUUGCUGUGAGAAGUAGAUCACAAAGGAAGAAUGGAAGAAACAGGACUUUCAAAGGAUGAUUUCAGCCAGCUGUUGGUGGACUUUUCAAGAUGGUAUGAUGGACUUGGACAUGUCAAUAUGCUAAAAGUUUUGUACAACAACAGAGAUCAUGUGCCAAUUUAUAAUGAAUUAAGUGAGGCUACUAAGGUGAUAUCCUUGCUAAGUAUGUUAAUUGGUUCUGGGAAUUUGAGUCCUACAAAUCUCACUAUCCUGUAUGACACUAUAAAAGUGACUGGACAAUUUGGCUUCAACUCCAGAGUUAUACUUCCACUUAUACAAAGAAUCAAGGAACAUGAAGUAACUAAAUUCUCAUGGUACAGACAGUUCCUGUUAAAGCUAGGAACGGUAUUGACUGAAGAUGAUAUAGUAGCGCUUGAUGUAAGAUAUAACAUACCUCUGUUAAAGAAUUACAAUGAUAGCUGGCAUUUGAUUCUGGAUCUAGAACAUAAGAAUGAGCUUUGUGAAGAAAAGAUUUACAAUUUUAUUGAAGGAUUACCAAGUUGCUUGGCUGUGAAGUAUUUACUUGAAGGUAUUAAAGAAGCAUCAACAUCAAUUACACCAAAGGUAAAUGAAGACAAGGCAGGAAAAUCAGAACAACCAAGAAGAUCAAGGUCAGAUGAAGAUAAAAUCAUCAAAGAUGCCCUGACAACAAGACAGAAAGAAAAAUAUAGGAAUGAGAAUCAAAUGACACCAGCAGUCUGGCAUCAUCAUCACGAAAUAAAUAUUGCAGAAGUGUUCACUGAACUCAACUUGCUGCAAUCCAGAAAAAUAGACAGAAAAGCACCUGACAAGUCAACAUGGAAAAAAAAGGAAGGAAAACCCACAUCAUUAAAAGAUGCAUUAGAUGUUAUUAAAUCACAAGAUUCAUGCAAGAUAUUAAUAACAGGGAAGGGAGGAAUGGGCAAGACUACUCUCCUUAAAUAUAUUGCUAAUCAGUGGGCUACUGAUGAUAAACAUGUCUUUGCUGAUAAAUUACUGUUUAUGAUGAAUAUCAGGGAAAUUAAAGCAUGUGUAAAGUUCUUGGACAUAAUUAUGGAAAAAAUUGAUUCGAAUGGAAUAAUUAUAAAGAAUGAUUUGAAUGAUAAUUCAGUUAAAAAGUUCCUGGUCAAACAUGACAAUGAAAUAGUAAUUUUGUUAGAUGGAUAUGAUGAGUUAGAAAGAGAUGCGAAAGACCCAUUAGAUCUAUUUAAAGGAAGUGAAUUGCAAAAAAGCACUGUGGUGAUAACAUCUCGACCUGACAACACAGCUGAUUUGGUUAAAUGCUGUGAUGUACACAUUGAAGUAAAGGGAUUCAGUCCAGGAAACAUAAAGAAAUACAUUCACAAGCAUUUUGAAUCAAUUGGUGCAACCGAAGUUGGUGAAUUGCUAAUAAAAGAGUUCAGUCUUGAUUCAGAGUAUACAAUGUUUUGGGGUGAUGAUCACAAAGAAGCAUUAGAAUUGUGUUCAUCUCCACUGUUAUUGCUUCAUAUUUGCACCAUAUGGAAACAAAUACGUCUUCUUCCCACAUACUUGCCAGAUCUCUUCAAGGAAAUCAUUUGCUGUACUUUAAGUCAAUACCUAAACAGGACUGGAAAUGGAACUGCAAUUAGUAAUCUUGAUAGCAUUCCAGAUGAUUAUAUGCCUGCACUUUUAGCUUUAGGAGAAUGUAUGUAUGAAGGACUAAAGAAAAAUGCACUAUCUCUUGACAAAAAUGAUUUGUCAAAGAAUAAAGAACUAGUAAAUUUAGCACUGAAUUUUGGAUUUGUUUAUGAAGAUACCCCUGUUGAUCCAGGUGAUACAAGGAAGAUGUACACACCCCCACACAAGUUAAUUUCAGAGGCACUAGCAGGGUUUUGCUUGGCUAAUAAAAUUCAGGAAGAUCAUUUGAAAGUAGAGGAGUAUGAGGUGAUAAGAUCUAAUGAAUACCUACAUAUGACAAGAGUGUUCACAGUAGGAUUUCUUGGUGAUAAAGCUGGUAAAUUGCUAAAACAUUGGUUCAUAAAGAGGGCCUCAAAUUUGUGCUCAAUAGCACAAUGUUUCAGACAUGUGAAAGAUGAACAUGAACACCAUGUACUACAGGAAUUGGAUAACAACAGUGAAAUGAAAGCAUGCUGUGAGCAAAUAUGUCAGUCAUUCAGAAUAAUUCUUAAUGACAACAUCAAAAAUAUGCAUCUAUUCAAACUUAUGUGUUGCAUUGAAACACAUGAAAUCGUAGAGCUUGAAAAGGCACCAGUCUCUAUGAUAGAUACAUCUAGUGAAGAGUCUUUAAGAAUUGCAUGCAGGGACUUUGUACACAGCUCAGUUGUAGUACAAGGAGCUUGGCUAACAGAACAUUUUUUUGAAUAUAUUUCAAAUUGGGGAGAAAAAAGAAUCAAAAUUCUUUCAGCUGCAAUGAAAAAUAUAGAUAUGACAUAUAAACAAAGGGUAAUGAACUUCAGUUUUAUACCUAAAGUUAGUUCUUUUUUUGUAAUUCAUUUCUUAGAACAUGCAAGAAACCUAUCUUCCAUAACAUAUUGUCAAGCUUCUGUACUCAGUGAAGUUAUGAAUGAGUUACACAAAACUCACACUAAGUUGAAAUUAACCAAACUUACUAUUGACGAUCUCCGCGAUACUGAUGGAGGUUUACUAGAAAAACUGUUUGAAGUGGCUCCUAAACUGCAAUAUUUAAAGGUAGCCAGUGGUAAACUAUCAGGCAGCAUUAUUAAAAGGAUUAAAUAUUGUCGUAGGAGGUAUGUUGUAUUUAGCGAACAUCUAUUGAGGAAAAAGUUAAACCUUUCAGAUAUUGAUAGUGAAUCACUUGCAACAUUUAUAUGGGUAGUUACUCAGAGCAUAUAUCAGAGUUAUAAACAUGAUGAUGAUUUUGAUUAUUUUGAUUAUGAUUUUUAUAAUGAUUGUCGUCCAUAUGCUGUUCCUUUCAUUUGGAGUAAAUAUUCUCUUACAGCUGAUAACCUAACAAAGCUGGUUAAAUCAGAUGUAAAUAUGAGACUGAAUUGGAUAAGGAUAGAUUUGAGUAAGAUUAACCUGUCAUCAGUCAGUGGUAGAACAUUAGCUUGCCUUAUUAAGAUUUCCCCAGACAUGAGACAUAUUUGUUGUUUGUGUCCUAUAUUUACAUGA